GGUGAAGCCCGCCGCCGCAGCUGAUGUCAACAUGGCGGAGGGUUUCGUGUGAUCGACGUUUGCUCUCAGUUUACUUCGCUUUGUGAUGCGUCCCCGUGUUGUUUUUCAUCGUGUCCAGCGUCACAAGUGAUCGCCCAAGCACUCAGAAAUCCAAAGCUAGCAGACGACCCCAACGAACGUGAACUGCCAUUGGCCGCGCGGCCCGACGCCAUGGAGUCCCUGUUUGGACCGGACUCCGGUUCGGAGGACUUGUGGCUCCCUCCCGAGGCUGCUGAGGGCAACGUGGAGUACAAGCUGAAGCUGGUCAGCCCUUCGCAGAGCCGCCUCGAACACCUCGUAACGCAAAUGAAGUGGAGGUUACGUGAAGGACAAGGGGAAGCCAUCUACGAGAUUGGAGUGGAGGACGGUGGCCUGCUGGUGGGGCUCAGCCCCCAGGAGAUGAAGGCCUCCCUGGGGACGCUCUACCGGAUGGCCGACAAGCUCGGCGCCACGCUCACCGUCCUCAGGGAACGCACGGUCAGCCGUUCAGGGGAUCAGCCUCCCCGCAAGGCAGCCGAGGUACUGGUGCGGAAGGUGCCGGAAGACCAGCAGACGAUUGAGAUCCGGGUGGCCGUGCUGGGCAACGUAGACGUGGGCAAGAGCACCGUCCUCGGGGUCCUCACUCAGGGAGAACUGGACAACGGCCGGGGGAGCGCCAGGCUCAACCUCUUCAGGCAUCUGCACGAGAUCCAGACAGGCCACACAUCGUCCAUCAGCCGCGAGAUCCUGGGCUUCACCAGCCAGGGGCAGCCCGUCACGUACGGCCAGUGCCGAACCCCAGAGGAACUUUGUGAGCUCUCGUCCAAGCUGAUCACCUUCAUCGACCUCGCGGGGCACCACAAGUACCUCCGAACCACAGUCUUCGGUCUUACAGGCCACUCCCCGCACUUCGUGAUGCUGGUGGUGAACGCGUCCAGCGGCAUGACCGGCACGGGCAGGGACCACCUCUUGUUGGCACUGGCGCUCCAGGUGCCGCUGGCCAUUGUGGUCAACAAGGUGGACACCGUAGGGUCGGCAACCCUGGCCAAGACCCUGGCCCAGCUGCACACCCUCCUCAAGGGUCCUGCUUGCAAGAAGCUACCCCUGGAGGUGCUUACGGAAGACGACGCCCUGACGGCGGCGGCCAGGCUCCGCGAGGAGAGCGUGGUGCCCGUGUUCCUGGUGUCGUGCGUCCACGGCGACGGGCUGCGCCUGCUCUACACCUUCCUCAACGUGCUUCCGCCGGGGCACGGGCCCAAGGAGCGCGACGGACUCAUGCGCAUGACCCCCGAAUUCCAGAUUGACGAGACCUUCCAGGUGCCAGACGUCGGCACCGUGGUCGGUGGCCUCCUGACCCGCGGAGUGCUCCGAGAGGACGACCGACUGCUGGCGGGCCCCGCCAACGACGGCACUUUCUAUCCCGUCAGGGUGCUGUCCGUGCAACGCAACAGGGUUCCGUGCCGGUUAGUGAGGGCGGGCGAGAGCGCCACCCUGGCGCUGGCUCCCAGCGCAGGUGCCGUUCUUCGGCGAGGCACGGUGCUGUGCCACGCGGACUCGCGCCCCGUGGCUGCCCGGCUGUUCCGCGCUCGAGUCCGCGUCCUCAGCCAUCCGGGGCGCCUGUCCGUCGGAUUCCAGGCCAUGGUGCAAGUCGGGAACGUGCAGCAGACGGCGGUGGUCGUCGGGGUGCGUGGCGGCUCCAGCGCCACCCUGGGCUGCACCGACCGGGGCGUCCUUCUCUUCAAAUUCGUCCGGCAGCCCGAGUGCCUGCGGCAGGGCUCCCGCCUCCUCUUCCACCAGGGCCAGGCCAAGGGCAUCGGGAGGGUGCUCCAGGUCUACCCCCUUCAGGUCUCCACCUCAUCCGCGCCCCACUGAAGCUUCGCAACCCUCUUGUCACUGAACCAGCUGAACCAACCCCACCGCUUCACGCUUCGUGAUACAACGCAUCUACAACACUAUUUGCCGGGAUCCACUAAGUCAUCUCCUUCGCCGGGUUCGUUUUAGAGGAGGCGAUGACGUACAGUGAGCUGCUUCGUGUGCCGUUUCGUUGCCGCUCUUUCUCACAUUGGGGAGAAGUCUUUAUUAUUUUUUUUUACCUUGUCGAGACUCGCGAUGGCGCGACAUACGUCGUCUCGCUGCCGGUUGCGUCUGCCGUGUUGUUGGUUCGUGGUCCCCCCCUCCCGCAGCUUUGUCAUUUCAAGUGAGAGCCACGGAGUUUGGUUGCCUGCGUCGUCUGCUCUUGCGUUGGUAGCGGUGUGUCAUUUUUGGGAAACGGCCAUCCAGCAACUCGUUUUAUCAAUGUCGUCAUCUGGUUGCUCUGUUGCUGGUGUCGAGCAGACGGCGGUGCGGGCAAAGUGGACAGUGGUGUUCUAUACUCUGUUUCACCUUAUAAAGGACCACAAAGGACGCUACUAUGAGCCGUUUAAACCAGUUGAAUGCUUUAGGAGUGUCAUGCGGCCCUCGUCACGUAAUUGCGUGAUAGGUUCACAGCACUGGAUUAUCUGGGAUGGCUCGUAGCGUGUGAUGCAGUUCAUCGUGAGCCAAAACGGAGAAUAGCUGCAUGUGUCGUCUGUUCUGGGGCUCCAGCUAUCUCAUUAUGUUACGAAAAACUUGUUACAAACCAGUGCAUAUUGUCUUCACAAAUUUAAAAAAGGCGUGAAAAACAUAAGGACAAGCAAAGAUGAACACAGAUGCACCGUUGUGUCUGUCUUUGUCAUCUACUUCUGAUUGUGUUUCUUGCACUGUUAUUUUUUUUUUUUUUUUAUAUUAUGAAACAUGUGCCUACUUGCCCAACUACAAACAGUGCAUCUUCUCAGAACCAUCUUUGAAUGGAUUGUUCUUUGAUGUCUUUAGCAGACGACGGUUGUGCAUGUUUGUCAUAUGGCCUGCUAACUUUGGGGACUUCUGUUUUUAUCCUUUUGUGUUUUCUCGGUCUCUAAGUGGUUUGUGUUCCAACUGUUGUCAUCCGCUCGCCGUCUCAUUCUCUCUUUGCAGAUUUAUGGAAACUAUGGAAUGUUCUGUGCCAUCCGUGUGAUGCUUCCACCCUCAUUUUCUUGCUGAAAAGAGACGGCUUGCUUUUUUUGUUCUUCUUUUUUCAUCCUACCCUUGCUUUUUGAACUGGCUGAUUAUUUGUUUUUGUUUUGAUCAGUUUCAUGUUCAUAUAUUCUGACUUCAUAGUUGUCUGCUUCCUUCUGUUGGUAAACUAA